UGAGCGCCCGCUCUAAGUGGAACCCGGGAGUUCACGAGGAGGAUGUGUUUAGCAUAGCGGCUAACUGGAACCCAUCAUCUCACAGCUGUUAUAAGGACUCCCAUUCAGCUGUGGAACAGGUUGCUGGACAUGGAUGCUGAGGGCUUUGGAGAACUCCUGCAGCAAGCCGAACAGCUUGCAGCAGAGACAGAGGCAGUAUCUGAGUUGCCCCACGUCGAGCGAAACUUACAGGAGAUCCAGCAGGCAGGAGAGCGACUACGUUCCCGCACUCUCACAAGAACCUCUCAAGACACAGCUGACGUAAAAGCCUCCAUCCUCUUGGGCUCUCGGGGUCUGGACAUCUUCCAUAUCUCCCAACGUCUGGAGAGCCUCAGUGCAGCUACUACAUUUGAGCCUCUAGAGCCAGUCAAAGACACUGAUAUUCAGGGCUUUCUGAAGAACGAGAGAGACAAUGCACUGCUGUCUGCCAUCGAGGAGUCACGCCGCAGAACAUUUCUGUUGGCGGAGGAGUACCACAGAGACUCCAUGUUGGUGCAGUGGGAGCAGGUGAAACAGAGAGUGUUGCACACCCUACUGGGAGCUGGAGAGGAUGCAUUGGACUUCAGCCAGGAUGUGGAGCCCAGUUUUGUAAGUGAGGUCGGAGUUCCUGGACGCAGUGCGCUGGACAGUGUGGAAGUUGCCUAUAGCAGACAGAUCUAUGUCUUCAAUGAGAAGAUAGUAAAUGGUCAUCUUCAGCCCAAUCUGGGAGAUCUUUGUGCCUCAGUGGCUAACAGUCUGGAUGAUAAGAAUGUGUCAGACAUGUGGCUCAUGGUGAAGCAGAUGACAGAUGUUCUCUUGGUUCCUGCAAAAGACACACUGAAGAGUCGAGUGUCUGUUGACAUGCAGAUGGCCUUCGUCAGACAAGCCCUGCAGUUCCUGGAGAAUAGCUAUAAAAAUUACACUAUGGUGACUGUAUUUGGGAACCUGCACCAAGCUCAGUUGGGUGGCAUACCUGGCACUUAUCAGCUGGUAUGCAGCUUCCUGAAUAUCAAGCUGCCGACCCAAUUACCUGGCAUGCAGGACGGCGAGGUGGAGGGACAUCCGGUGUGGGCUCUGAUCUAUUUCUGCCUGCGUUGCGGAGACCUUCCUGCCACCAUGCAGGUGGUGAACAGGGCUCAGCAUCAGCUGGGUGACUUCAAGAUCUGGUUUCAGGAAUACAUGAACAGCCCUGACCGACGUCUGGCUCCAGCUACAGAGAAUAAGCUGCGGCUUCAUUACCGCCGUGUGCUGAGAAACAGCGCCGACCCUUACAAGCGCGCAGUCUACUGCCUCAUCGGCAAAUGCGACAUCGCUGACAACCAUGGAGAGGUAGCUGAUAAGACGGAAGACUACUUGUGGCUCAAGCUGAAUCAAGUGUGUUUUGAUGAGGACGGCAGCAGUUCACCUCAGGACAGAAUGACUGUGGCUCAGUUUCAAAAGCAACUACUGGAGGACUACGGUGAAUCUCAUUUCUCGGCCAGCCACCAGCCCUUCCUAUACUUCCAGUUGCUUUUCCUGACUGCACAGUUCGAGGCUGCCAUUGCGUUCCUCUUCCGAGUGGAGCGUCUGCGCAGCCACGCUGUCCAUGUAGCUUUGGUCCUGUACGAACUCAAACUGCUACUCAAAUCAUCGGGCCAGAGCGCACAACUUUUGAGUCAGGAGGCAGGAGAUCCUCCAAUGGUGCGACGGCUAAACUUCAUCAGAUUGCUUAUGCUCUACACCCGCAAGUUUGAAUCCACGGAUCCUCGAGAGGCCCUGCAGUACUUCUACUUCCUGCGGAAUGAGAAGGACAGCCAAGGAGAAAACAUGUUCAUGCGCUGUGUCAGCGAGCUUGUCAUCGAGAGUCGGGAGUUUGAUAUGCUUCUUGGAAGACUCGAAAAAGAUGGCAGUAGAAAGCCCGGCGUGAUUGACAAGUUUGCUGGAGACACGCGGGUCAUCAUCACUAAAGUAGCCUCGGAGGCUGAGAACAAGGGGUUGUUUGAGGAUGCUGUUAAACUGUAUGAGUUAGCCAAGAACCCUGAUAAGGUUCUAGAACUGAUGAACAGAUUGUUGAGUCCAGUUAUUGCUCAAGGCAACGAACCCCAAUCUAACAAAGAGCGACUCAAGAACAUGGCAAUAGCUAUUGCUGAACGGUACCGUGCUAAUGGGAUAGCUGGGGAAAAGUCUGUGGAUAGCACCUUCUACCUGCUUCUAGAUCUUAUGACAUUCUUCGAUGAGUACCACGCUGGCCACAUUGAUCGAGCCUACAAUGUGAUUGAGAGACUGAAGCUUGUUCCUCUAAGUCAGGAGAGUGUUGAGGAGCGGGUUGCAGCCUUUAGAAACUUCAGCGAUGAGGUCAGACAUAAUUUGUCCGAGGUUCUUCUCGCCACAAUGAAUAUCCUGUUCACGCAGUACAAGCGUCUAAAGGGGGCUGCCGCAGGCACACCAGGAAGACCACAGCGUACCCUAGAGGACCGAGACACACUGCUGCGUAGUCAAGCCCGGGCACUGAUCACGUUUGCCGGGAUGAUUCCGUAUCGAAUGGCUGGAGAUACCAAUGCCAGACUGGUUCAGAUGGAGGUUCUAAUGAACUGAGACACACACCCCACCCUUCUCCUGUCUUCUCCAGCAGCUGUCUUUCAUUGUCCUCAUUCCAUCAUUAUUUGGUUUUGAUUUAUGUUUGUAGUUUUCAUAAUUUUAAAUAAAAAUAAAAAAAAAACAUUUGAAAUUCAGUUCGGUUUGUUUCUGUUCCCUGUCUAUUACCAAAACCUAAUUUUUUCAAAAGUUAUUUUUUUAUUUGAAGUGUCUUGAUUGUUUUAUCCUGCCAGUAUGUUUAUUUUAUUUCCUUUUAAUUCCAUCCCAGUUGCAUGCAUGAAUUUUUUUCAAAGCCAUAUUCAUAUAUUAACUGUUAUUUAACGCUAGUUAAAUACAUGAUUACCAUUUUGUACCUCAUGAUAUCCAAUCUCAAACAAUCAACUUAUUUAUAUAAUUUGCCUAUAUAAUGUAUUUUUAUGGUAUUGAAAACAGUGAGAUUAGCAGGGCUGGAUUAUGGGCCAUUAGUGUCUGGGGGCCUCCAAAGCCUCAGGCUACAUGAGCUGACCAUUGGUGCAUGGUACAAAGGGAGUUCAAACUUUGUUAUUCAGUUACUGUUUGCAGAAUCCACGUUUAUGUUUCAUAUAGACUACUAUUUUAAGUCCAAUGUUAGCUCACCAAAACGUAUUUCCAAAAAUGUUGUAACCAAAUUGCCUUUGACACUGAAUGUAGGACAAGAAGUCUGCCACUAGGGGUGGUGGCAGGUGGGCCUAGAAAGGGUCUGGAGCCUUGCGGGACUAUGAUCCGGCCCUGGAGAUUAGUCUACAAACAGAUUUGCUGGCUAGCAAGAGUAUGCACUGUACUUAACACCCCUAUUUUUCACUCACAUCAAAAUCUAGUUGGUGAAGCACAAACCUACUGAACAAAUAAGUAGCUUGUGGGGUGGAUUUGAUGCCCUUUUCAGCGAGAAUUGAGUUUAGAGAGCAGUAGCAUGUCUGUGUGACAUUGAUUCUCUCAGCAGAUGGUGGCUUAUGGAGGAAAUGCCUGUAGAGCACACAGAUGGACGUGUUGGCUUCGUCACGCCCAGCUGCCGUGUCUGCUUCAGCUCCCUCUAAGCUCUGAUUUGCAUUUUUUUACUGUUAGCAUCUGGAGCUGCAACAGUAUUUAUUGUAAAUUCAUAUAUGCAAUGGGGAAUAAUGAUAAAUUGUAUAAACUGCAGUUCAGCUUUUCAACAAAAUGUCUUCUGCAAAGAAGAAUGUAAUCCUUAUUUAAUUUACUGUAUAUUCCACAGUUCCCAUGGUAAUGGGAAACUUGGAGAUAUCAGGGAAUUAAAAAAUUGCAUUUCCAUGUCUGGAAAGGUCAUGGAAACUAAAAAUCUUUAAAGACAUGAC